GUUGUGACGAGAUGGGGCUGACCAAGCUGCCGUCGCCGCGCCCGCCCGUAUCGCCCAAGGUGGCCGAGGUGCUCCAGGCGCAGAUUCACCGGCGGUCCGAGGCCAACGACCCGCUCUGGCAGGAGGCGACGACGCAGCUACGCCAUGUGAAGGCGCUACGCCAAUUGCGAGCAAAGCGGUAUCGAAUCGAGAUAUGGAUGACGGCCUUCGCGGUCAUCAGCGUCGUCGCGGCCGCCCUCUCGAUGCAGCUGUCCAUUGUCCACACGACCCAAGCCGUCGACCUCAACCGAAGCGAUAUGGCCUUUGCUGUUGACGUGCUCCGGUCGAUCAUUGCGACCACCACCAUCUUCCUCUACGGCCUCGUGCUGCUUCGUUAUGACGUCGUCUGUGACUUGCGCAUCGCGUCGACACGACUGCAUCCGACGGCGAAAUUCUACCAUCCGUCAGCCGGGCUGCUGCCGAAAGCGCUGUUUGAGUGCUUUAUUCUGUCGCUGCACGUGCCACCGACGUUUGCUCGUCUCUUUAUCUCGCAUCGGUUCAUGGGCAGUCCCGAGCGCGCGCACCACCAACGACUGUGUGCACCAGGGAUGCAGCUCGACGCAACUGGUUUUUGCUACCUCGAUCUGCCGUGGUCCUUGGACCAAUUUGAUGUGGUCGUGUUUGUGCGACUGUAUGUGGUGUUCCGCCUCCUUCGGCACCAGCUCGGUUUCGAGUCGCCCGACAUUGAGUGGCAAGGGACCCAGUGGCAUGUGCAGACUAGCUCAUUCUGGUUCACGAUCAAGCACAUGUUUCAUAAGCACCCCGUGCUCUUUUCGGCCAUGAGCUUUGGCGCGACGUGGCUUUGCACAGCGCUUGUCGUGCAGUUCUUGGAGCACGCUAUCAACGCCGACAUUGACUCGCUCUCCGAAGCGCUUUGGCUGACCGUGCUGACCAUGGCUACGGUUGGCCUCGGUAGCGCACCCCCCAUCUCGGUGCAGGGCCAGGUGGCCAUCGUCAUCGGCGGCAUCGUCGGUGGAGCGAUCAUGAACGCACUCCUUACGACCGUGCUCAUCAGCUCGCUGCACCUCACAGAGAAGGAGGACGAAGUCAUCCAAACGAUUCAUGCGCGCGAUCUGCACGUGGCUCACCACCAAGCGGCCAUUCGCCUCUUGCAGACAUUUGGACGUGACGUGCUCUUGCGUCAAGCCACGCCCAAGGCGUCGUGGUGUACCUUGCGUCGAAGCCGCCACCGCAUCAUCCAGGCGGCGACUGCCUUCCAGACGUAUCGGCGGCGCAUGCGCGAGCGGUCGCAUGAAGAUGUGCUCGAGGCCUGCCAUGACAAGGUCGAAGCCAUCGCGCACUCAGGCGCAACGUCCGUCGAACGCGCGUGCAUGGCGUCCCUCGAUGCGAUCGAAGCCAAGCUCGCGCAGGUGCAUGCGCAACUUCGGACCCUCGACUAAUGCAUCAACGAGUUGGCACUACUACGUCAUCUGCAGCCAUAUUAGUUGGUCAACACCUUGAGAAAUGCUGGAUGGCGUCGUCGCUACACACGAAUUCCGCAAGAAACGUUGAUAUGACAUUCUGUACAA